UAUCAUGUAACUGACGGCAGCAAUUUCGGCGAACACCGACAGGCGUUGUUAGUGAAUAGCCGCUGCUACGCUGACGGACGGGCGGACAGACGGACGGACGCACGCACGGACGGACGGGAAGAAGCCGCAGAAAGGAACAGCAGUGGCAGAGGAGUGACAGUCCGGAGGUAGUCCUAUAGAUUGAGUUCUAUUGAGUGUGUCAGCGGUUCCUAGCAAAACCGAGAAGGGACGGGCAAGGUAAAGUAAGGAAAGAUGGCGGCCGCGGCCUCGCCGGGCUCCGGUUCGUCCACCCCCUCGGACUGGAUUGUGCUCAGAGACGGCUGCCUGCGUUGCGACGACGAGGGCCUGCGAAGCCUUUCAUACCACCCGGCCCUCAACGCGAUCUUAGCAGUCACCAGCAAAGGGGGUAUUAAAGUCAUUGACGGCACUUCGGGGGCAAUUCUCCAGGCCUCUGCGCAGCACGUUAAACCCGGUGGUCGCGUCAGAUGUCAGUACUUCCCUGCUGUGGAUAGGGUGCUUUUUGUUGACGACUAUGCGGUAGGAUGCAGGAAAGACCUCAAUGGCAUCCUGCUGUUGGAUACGGCCCUGCAACCGCCAGUGACCAAACCCGAGGAUCUGGUUCAGAUGGAGCUUCCUGUCACUGAGGCCCUGCAUCUGCUGUCAGCCUGCUUGGAAAAGAUUGAUGUUUCGAACACAAAGGGCUAUGAAGUCUUUAUCGUACAGCUGAAAGAAGGCCUGAAGAAUACCUCACAUGAGACGGCAGCCAAUCACAAAGUGGCCAAGUGGGCGACAGUAACCUUGCAGCUUCCACACCAUGUGCUGAAGCUGGUUGCCAGUGCCAUCGUCAGUGAGCUCAAGAAGAUCAACCAGAACAUUGCUGCCUUGUCUGUGGCCUCAUCCAUCAUGGACAGACUUUCCUACCUCUUGUCAAGCGCCCGACCUGAACUCGGGGUCGGGCCUGGGCGCUCUGUAGAUAGAUCUUUAAUGUACAGCGAAGCCAACAGGAGGGAGACGUUUACAUCGUGGCCACAUGCCGGCUACAGGUGGGCUCAACCUGAUCCAAUGGCUCAGGCAGGCUUUUACCACCAGCCUGCUUCAUCAGGCGACGACAGAGCCAUGUGUUUCACCUGUAGCGUGUGUCUGGUAUGUUGGGAACCAACGGAUGAGCCGUGGUCCGAACAUGAGCGGCACUCCCCCAAUUGUCCUUUUGUCAAGGGCGAGCACACGCAAAAUGUUCCCUUGUCAGUGACCCUCGCAACCAGUCCUGCUCAGUUUCCCAACAGUCCUGACGGCUCCGACAAAAUUGCCUGCUACGGCUUUGGCAGCUGCCCGCAGUUCUUGGCUGUCGCCACAAAGAGAGGCAAGAUCUGUAUUUGGGAUGUCUCCAAAAUGAUGAAGGUGCACCUGAAGUUUGACAUUAACCCAUAUGACCCGGCCAUCCUGAGGCACCUCAUCCUGUCUGGCGGUGAGCACGGCCAGCCCACGCUGACCGAGUCUCGGAGACCCACUCUGGCCUGGCUUGAGGAGUCCUCCUCGUGCUCAGACCUGCCCAAGCUUGAGGGGGAUAGUGAUGACCAGUUGGAGGAUUCAGACAGCGACGAGCAUUCCAGGUCCGAGUCAGUGACAGGCCAAGCGUCCCAGUGGGAGAGCAUGGAUAUGAGCCUUGGAGUGACAGCGCUCAGUGUUCUCCAGCAACCAGAGAAACUCCAGUGGGAGGUGGUGGCCAGUGUGUUGGAGGACACAGUCAAAGACCUCGAAGAGCUGGGUGCCAAUCCCUCAUUGAAUCAAACCAAGGUCCACAACCAGGCCAAAGCAAAGGAAAAGGUCCCCGAGCAGCACAACAUUCCUUUCCCCUGCUUGCUGGCCGGAGGCCUGCUCAGUUACCGCAGCGCGUUCAGCAACCCCGCAGCCGGGCCUCUUCCCACAGUCCCGUCUUCAACUCGCAGGGUGUCUGACAGUCCCUGUAGAACUCAGGGCCCUGAGCCCUUCCAAGUAGGACCUAUCCAGGACCAAGGUCCCAUGGAAAUAGAUUUGUGUAAUUCCCACAAUGCCGCCCAGGAACCGUGCUUCUCCAACUUGGUAGGUUCUCAGCCCCCAAGUCCCUCCUCUGUGUCAUCUGUGCACAGGACUAUACCCGUGCUGUUGCUCUACAGUAUCAGAGAGACGGACGACAAGAGCUCAGGGCAGGUGUUUGCUCAGAUGAACAACCUCAUGAGCAAAGGUCUCCACGACGAGAGCUUCACGGUGCCGCAGAUUAUCGAGAUGGAGUUUGACUCGCACGAGCAGCUCCUUCUCCAGGAUCCUCCCAUCACGUACAUUCAACAGUUUGCCGACUCUGCCACCACCCUGGCCGGCUUUGAUGGUCAGAUGGACAAAUGGAGCACGUUAGCUGCCGGCGGUUCCUCCGCCCCACCUCGACCCGGAACGCUAGUACAGUGUUUGAGGUUCCCCAAGCAGCUGGAAGAGGAGAAUCUUUGCGUGGACUCCAUUACACCAUGCUGGGAUGGCGUGCACCUUUUAGUGGGGCUGCAGCCAUGCAACGCAGAGUCUCUAAGUGCGGCCAACCAAGUGGAGGCCCUGAACAAUCUCAACCGCCUGCACUCGGCCCUGUGCAGCCAACAGAAGGGGGACACCCCUCACCCAGUUGCCAAUGGAGUGGAGGAUAACCACCAAGAGGGCACAGCUCCUCAAGCAACCUUCAUCCUGCCUUCAGGAGACCAACAACAGACGUGCCCGAGCGGCGGAGGCUAUCUUGCGCUCUACAAGCUCAACUACUCUACCCGUAUUGUCACCUUGGAUCAGGAGCCUGUCAAGGUGCAGCAGAUAUCUCAGCCUUGCGAUGCAAUCACCUCGCUUAUCCUGCUUCCUCCAGAUGUGCUGGAUAGCAGGGAAGACGACAGUGAGGAGACUCCGGACGAGCCGCCCCCCGCUUCAAAGAACGCCACCUCGCGGUUUGGACUUGGCCCGGUGGGCUCUGCUGCAUCUUUAACUCGGGCUGCGUGUGGAACAGCCGCAGGCAGCGGCGGCGCCGCCACCGCUACCAGUCCGUCUGCCGCGCAUAAAGAGUCCAAGCAACAGGAAGUGGUCGGCCUCGGCCACUUGGUGGUGACCACACGGGGUGGCAACAUUAUGAUCAUGGACCUGUCCACAUUGGAGCUUCUAACCAAGGUGGAACCCCCUAAGAAAGAGGGAGGAGUGCUGGAUGAGAUAGACCCGUUUGUCUCUGUAACUUAUUGCUCUGGGACUGAUCGCCUUUGUGCGUGCACUAAAGGCGGAGAGCUUCAUUUCCUUCAAAUUGGAGGUGUCUGCGACGAUAUUGACGACGGUGAUAUCUUUAUCGAUGGCCCCAUUUCUAAAGGGGCCGAAUUGCUGCUGGAGUGGCCCAGGCCUUCGUCCAACCCUUCUAGUCCUGGGAUCUCAGGAGUCGAACUCCUGGUGGACCAAGCGCUGAGCACAGAGAGCCUAAUGUCGCUGGUGGAGCUGACGCGCUUCGAGACGUUGACUCCCCGCUUCUCGGCCACUGUGCCGCCGUGCUGGGUGGAGGUACAGCAAGAGCAGCAGCAGCGGCGCCAUCCGCAGCAUCUUCACCAGCAGCACCACGGGGAUGCGGCCCAGCACACCCGCACCUGGAAGCUUCAGAGUGAUAGUUCCAGCUGGGACGAGCACGUCUUUGAACUGGUGCUGCCGAAGGCCUGCAUGGUGGGCCACGUGGACUUCAAGUUUGUCCUGAAUGCCAACAUUGUCAACAUUCCUCAGAUCCAGAUCACUUUAUUGAAGAAUAAAGCGCCUGGCCUGGGAAAGGUUAAUGAGACCGCUGUCGAUAGACAAAUCACAUUCCCCCUCCCCAAUGUCCCCCACGCCAACGGGGAGAAGAAUGGUCGGCCCUCCGUGCACGACUUCACCGAGGACAUCCAUCUUAUGGACGUCGAGGACAGAUCGGGCUACACGUUGUGUCCGUUCUUGGAAGAGCACAAGGAGGACAUCUUGUGUGGACCAGUCUGGCUUGCCAGUGGGCUGGAUCUCUCUGGUCAUGCUGGCAUGCUUAGUCUCACCAGCCCAAAGUUGGUCAAAGGCAUGGCUGGUGGAAAGUAUCGUUCCUUCCUGGUUCAUAUCAAGGCAGCGAGCGACAAAAACACGGAGGACAGCCCCAGACCUGUUGUGAGAAUGCCCAGUGCCAAAGCCCAGUGCUCCAAAUCGCAUUCGUUGUCCACUCUGCUGCAGAGGGCUCAGGCCUCUAAGGACAAGGUGUCUGGAGUUAAACCAGAUGGUCAAGCAUCUUCCAAGAAAGUGGAAAACCUGAGAGGCUGCGACCUGCUGCAAGAAGUCUCUGUCACAAUCAGAAGGUUCAAAAAGACAUCUCUUCCCAAAGAGAGGGUCCAGCGUUGUGCAAUGCUGCAGUUUCCAGACUUCCACGAGAAGCUGCUGGAAGCGCUGUGCCAGCGAUCAGAGAGUGGCCUCUCCACAGAACAUGCUCAAGGCCUCAUCCUGGACAUCUUGUGCUGGCUGGCUGGUGUUUUUUCCAAUGGACCCUGCAGCUUACGAGAAGGAAAGGAGGCGCUGCUGGCCAAAGCCAGAUCGAGGCUGAUGGAGAUUGUGGCCGUUUGUUUCUUUGAGGCCGGCCGCAGCAUUGCUCACAAGUGCGCACGCUUUCUUGCGCUUUGCAUCAGCAAUGGGAAAGGUGAUCCCAGCCAACAAGGGUUUGUCACAAGUCUUCUGAAAGCUCUGCUGGACAAUAUGCCCUACUUGCCUGCUGCGGCAACAGGCGGCUCGGUCUUCUGGUACUUUGUGUUGCUGAACUAUGUCAAGGAAGAGGACCUGGCAGGCUGCAGCACUGCCUGCGCCUCCCUACUCACGGCCAUCUCAAGACAGCUGCAAGAUCGACUCACCCCGAUGGAGGCACUGCUGCAGACCAGGUACGGACUGUACAGCUCGCCUUUUGAUCCAGUGCUCUUUGAUCUGGAGGUCAGUGGUUCCUCUUGCAAGAAUGCCUUCAAUAGCAGCAUUGGGGUCCAGUCAGAUGAGAUUGACCUCUCUGACAUUCUCUCAGGGAAUGGCAAAGUAAGUAGCUGCGCAGCAGCGGAGGGAAGCUUCACAGCAUUGACGGGGCUCCUAGAGGUGGAGCCUUUGCACUUCUCUUGCAUAGCCACGAGCGAUGGUACUCGAGUGGAGCGCGAUGACGCCAGCAUGUUCACCGUGAGUACAUUUGGCGUCACCCCUGCCGUCGGCGGCCUGUCGACGGGAACGGUGGGCGAAGCUUCUACAGCUCUUAGUUCCGCAGCUCAAGUGGCCCUGCAGUCUCUGUCUCACGCCAUGGUGUCGGCCGAACAACAGUUACAGGUCCUGCAAGAGAAGCAACAGCAGCUGCUCAAACUGCAGCAGCAGCAGAAGGCCAAGCUGGAAGCCAAAUUGCAUCAGACCACGUCUGCGGCCGCAGCGGCCGCCUCCGGCGUGGGGCCCAUCCAUAACUCGGUGCCUUCCAACUCCUCCUGCGCUCCGGGUUUCUUCAUUCACCCCUCCGAUGUGAUUCCCCCAACACCCAAGACCACGCCCCUCUUCAUGACACCUCCUCUCACACCUCCGAACGAGGCGGUGUCUGCAGCCUUCAGCGCAGAGCUAGCUCACCUCUUCCCUGGCUCCAUGAUGGAUCCUGGGCCAGUCAACCUGGCCGCACACAAAAACGCCCAAAAAGCCAAGCCGAGCCCCAUGGGCAGUGGUUUGGCUCUCGCCAUUUCCCAGGCAUCUCACUUUCUCCAGCCUCCUCCACACCAGUCGAUCAUCAUCGAGCGCAUGCACUCUGGAGCUCGUCGCUUUGUGACGCUGGACUUUGGCCGACCCGUCCUGCUGACCGACGCUCUCAUCCCGACCUGUAGCGACCUAGCUUCUCUGUCCAUAGACAUUUGGACGCUAGGUGAGGAGGUGGAUGGCCGCAGGCUGGUGGUUGCCACCGACAUCAGUACUCACUCGCUUAUUCUACAUGACCUGCUGCCUCCACCCGUUUGCAGGUUUAUGAAGAUCACUGUGAUUGGCCGCUAUGGCAGCACCAAUGCUCGUGCAAAGAUUCCACUGGGCUUUUACUAUGGUCAUACUUAUAUUCUACCGUGGGAAAGUGAGCUUAAACUGAUGCACGAUCCUCUUCGGGGAGAAAGUGAACCUGCCAGUCAGCCUGAUGUGGAUCAGCACUUGACCAUGAUGAUGGCAUUACAGGAAGAUAUCCAGUGCAGGUACAAUCUUGCUUGCCAUCGGUUGGAAACCCUCCUCCAGAAUAUCGACCUGCCGCCCCUCAACAGCGCCAACAAUGCCCAGUACUUCUUGCGCAAACCAGACAAGGUGGUAGAGGAGGACCAACGUGUUUUUUCAGCCUACCAGGAUUGCAUCCAGCUUCAGUUGCAACUCAAUCUGGCUCACCACGCUGUCCAGAGAUUGCGCGUAUCACUUGGUGCCAGUCGAAAAUCUCUCCCCACGGCCGCCAGGUCCCGUGAGCCACAAGAUCUGGUCCACAACUCCUCUACAGAGCAAUUGAGAACAAUCAUCCGUUACCUUCUGGACACGUUGCUUAGCCUACUGCAUUCGAACAAUGGUCACUCUGUGCCAUCGGUGCUCCAGAGUACCUUCCACGCGCAGGCUUGCGAGGAGCUCUUCAAACACCUUUGCCUCAGUGGGACACCAAAAAUUCGUCUUCAUGCCGGUCUGCUUUUGGUGCAGCUGUGUGGAGGGGAGCGCUGGUGGGGACAGUUCCUUUCUAACGUAUUGCAGGAGCUUUACAACUCUGAACAGCUUCUCAUCUUCCCCCAGGACAGAGUGUUUAUGCUCCUGUCCUGCCUUGGUCAAAGAUCCCUGAGCAACAGCGGUGUGUUGGAGGGUCUGCUGAACCUUCUGGACAGCUUGCUCUCUCCUCUGCAGCAACCACAAGCUGCUAUGCAGCAUCGAACUGAAGGGGUCUUGGAUAUCCCCAUGAUUAGUUGGGUGGUGAUGCUUGUUUCCAGACUCUUGGAUUAUGUCACAAGUAUCGAAGAUGAAGCUUCUGGUGGCAAGAAACAUCUUGGAGGGAAAGAGAGGGAUAGAACCUCAACAGGUAUCCAGUGGAGCUUUAUCAAUAACAGCCUUCAGUCUCAGAACACCAGCAGAUCGGCGAAGGGCGGCAGUAGCUUGGACAGACUCUAUUCCCGCAAGAUUCGCAAGCAACUGGUCCACCACAAGCAGCAGUUAAAUCUAUUGAAAGCGAAACAAAAAGCUUUAGUCGAGCAGAUUGAGAAGGAGAAAAUCCAAAGCAACAAGGGCUCCUCCUACAAACUCUUGGUGGAGCAGGCCAAGCUCAAGCAAGCCACAUCCAAGCACUUUAAAGACCUGAUCCGUCUUCGGCGGACGGCCGAAUGGCCGCGCUCCACGUUAGACACGGAGUCUGCAACAGCCAAAGAAGCACCGGAAGUUGAGCCCCUGCCCUUUACGUUGUCCCAUGAGCGCUGCAUCUCUGUGGUGCAGAAGCUAGCCCUCUUCCUGCUGUCUAUGGACUUCACCUGCCAUGCUGACCUGCUACUUUUUGUCUGCAAGGUCCUCGCUAGAAUAGCCAAUGCCACCAGACCGACCAUCCACCUCUCUGAGGUAGUAUCUGAGCACCAGCUGGAGCGCCUGCUCCUUCUGCUGGUGGGAACGGACUUCAAUCGAGGAGACAUCUCCUGGGGCGGUGCCUGGGCUCAGUAUUCCCUCACCUGUAUGUUACAAGACAUCCUGGCAGGUGAGCUGCUGUCUCCUGGUUCUUUGGAUAUCAUGGAUGAAGUUUCUGUCGCUGAGGAGACCACCGGGGCUUCGUCCUCAUCAGUUGGGCUUGAUCCAGACGAUUCCUUGCCUCAGCCCACGCCGAUCCCUUUGGUCGAGAGCAUCGAUGAGACCCUCGUGCCUGAUAUCAUUGCAGGCGCGCCACCAUUGUCGUCCUUGGAAAAAGAUAAAGACAUGGACUUUGACUUGCUACAAGACCUGAUGGAUGUUGAUAUUGACCCUUUAGAUAUUGAUUUGGAAAAAGAUCCGCUUGCUGCAAAGGUUUUUAAGCCAAUAAGCAGCACGUGGUAUGACUACUGGGGUUCGGAUUAUGGCACGUAUGGUUACACGCCAUACAUUGGAGGGGUUGGUAUCCCAGUGUCCAAACCACCGGUUGCUGUUGAGAAGCCGGGAUCACAAGGGCUUUCCGUCUCAGUUUCACAAGCACUGGAUGCUCGAUUAGAAGUGGGCUUGGAGCAGCAGGCUGAACUGAUGCUAAAAAUGAUGGCAACGUUACAAGCCGACUCCAUUCUACAGGCUCUCACGUCAACUUCCUCCACAGUUUGCCAGACGACCAACGGUACAGAUGACUCUCUGUUGAGGGCUCUUCAUGGAGGAGGUUCUCCUCCUGGAGGAGGUUCUCCUCCUGGCGGCACCCUCAUAGUUCAGCCAUCUUCCAUUCCCAUGCUGAGCGCUUGCUUCAACAAGCUUUUCUCUAUGCUGCAAGUUCACCACGUGCAGUUGGAGUCGUUGCUGCAGUUAUGGAUAACGCUGAGUCUCAACACAAGCGCAAGUGGCAACGAAGACAACGGACCAGAGGUCUUCUUGUUUAAUUCCAGUCGAGUCCCCACCAUUCCACUCAACCAAGCAUCCAUUAGCAGUUUUCUCACUGUGCUGGCAUGGUACCCCAACGCCUCCCUGAGAACAUGGUGUCUGGUUCUGCAUUCGCUGACCCUGAUGACAAACAUGCCUUACCAAGGAUCCAGCAAUGGAAUGAACGGCCAAGAAAGCACAGCACAUCAGAUGGUGUCGGAUCCCACGCUGGUGCACAUCGUGGUGCGUUUCCUUUCUGGCAGCAACACCAAUGGAAGCAAUCAGCAUAGCUCUCAAGUCGGACCCACCGCCACUCAAGCUAUGCACGAGUUUUUGAGUCGCCUGCAGGUGCAUCUUUCCUCCACCUGCCCACAAAUGUUCAGCGAGUUCCUACUCAAACUUCUGCACAUCUUGUCCACUGAAAGGGGGCCCUUCCAGUCAGGUCAGGGUCCACUAGACGCCCAGGUCAAGCUGUUGGAGUUUACUUUGGAGCAAAACUUUGAAGCGGUGUCUGUGGUCACCAUCACCUCAGUCAUCGAGUCCAUUACGUUCCUCGUGCACCAUCACAUCACCUGCUCUGACAAAGUCGUCUCACGCAGUGGCUCUGACAGCUCCGUGGGCGCCCGCGCUUGUUUCGGCGGCCUUUUUGCCAACAUCAUUCGACCGGGAGACGCAAAGGCUGUCUGCGGUGAAACCACCCGCGAUCAGCUGAUGUUCGAUCUCCUGAAACUGGUUAACGUGCUGGUGCAACUGCCGCUGUCAGGGGACAGAGAGUUCAGCGGUCGGUUGCCCGCAAUGGCCAGCGGCGGGGCGGCCGAUAGCAGCGUGUCGGACGAAGAGAAGGUUUGCGGAUCAAAAGAAAGUGUGGCGGCUGGAGGAUCCACAUCCAGCCAGGGUCCGUCCGCCGGUGUGGCUGAUCUGGUACUGGCCAAUCAGCAGAUCAUGAGUCAGAUCUUGUCUGCGCUGGGCCAGUGCAACAGCAGCGCCAUGGCCAUGAUCAUCGGAGCCAGCGGUCUCCACCUAACAAAACAUGAGAACUUCCACGGGGGUCUGGACGCCAUUUCAGUAGGUGACGGCCUCUUCACCAUCCUCACCACCCUCAGCAAGAGGGCGACCUCAGUUCAGGUCAUGCUGCAGCCCAUCCUCACAUACAUGGCCUGUGGCUACAUGGGUCGACAGGGCUCUCUUUCUACUUGUCAGCUGUCUGAACCUCUUCUGUGGUUCAUUCUGCGAGUGUUGGAUACUAGCGAGGCGCUCAAAGCCUUCCAUGACCUGGGUGGCGUACAGUUGAUUUGUAACAACAUGGUGACCAGCACCAGAGCCAUAGUGAACACGGCACGCAGCAUGGUUUCUACCAUUAUGAAAUUUUUAGACUCGGGUCCAGGGAAAGCAUCAGACGGUAACCUCAAAUCCCGAGUGAUGACGUCCGAGCCAGACAAUGCGGAGGGACUGCACAAUUUUGCCCCAUUAGGAACAAUUACAUCCAGUAGCCCGACAGCGCAGCCAGCAGAAGUCUUACUUCAAGCGACACCGCCUCACCGGCGCGCUCGUUCUGCAGCUUGGUCCUACAUCUUCCUUCCGGAAGAGGCUUGGUGCGACCUGACCAUUCAUCUUCCAGCUGCCGUGCUGCUAAAGGAGCUCCACAUUCAGCCACAUCUUGCUUCUUUAGCUACCUGCCCGGCCUCGGUCUCCGUGGAGAUCAGUGCCGAUGGGGUAAACAUGCUGCCGCUCUCCACGCCGGUGAUCACCAGCGGCCUCACCUACAUCAAGAUCCAGCUGGUGAAGGCCGAGGUGGCGUCGGCUGUAUGUCUACGGUUGCACCGGCCUCGAGAUGCCAGCACCCUUGGUCUGUCCCAGAUCAAACUUUUGGGCCUGACGGCGUUUGGGAACACCUCCUCCGCAACAGUCAACAACCCCUUCUUACCUUCUGAGGACCAGGUCUCUAAAACCAGUAUUGGUUGGCUCCGCCUUCUUCACCACUGCCUGACCCAUGUCAGUGACUUGGAGGCCAUGAUGGCCAGUGCAGCAGCGCCUACAGCUAACCUCCUGCAGACUUGCGCUGCGCUGCUCAUGUCACCUUACUGCGGUAUGCACUCGCCCAACAUCGAAGCCGUGUUGGUCAAGAUCGGCCUGCAGUCGACGCGCAUUGGUCUUAAGCUCAUCGACAUUCUGUUGCGAAACUGUGCUGCCUCCGGCACUGACCCGGCCAAUUUGAACAGUCCUCUGUUGUUUGGUCGACUAAAUGGCCUCUCUUCAGACUCCACGAUAGACAUUCUGUACCAGUUGGGUACCACUCAGGACCCGGGAACCAAGGACAGAAUCCAGGCUCUUCUCCAGUGGGUUCAUGAUUCGUCAAGGGUUGCAGCCCUAAAAAGGCCACUGGGUUACUCCAGCACCAGUAGUGGCUCCUCUUCUUUGAGGGAGUACGGGCUCCUCAUGCCCUCGCCGUCCCACCUGCAUUGCGUAGCGGCCGUCCUGUGGCACAGCUACGAGCUGCCUGUCGACUAUGACCUCCCGACACUGCUGAACCGAGAGCUUUUUGAACUCCUGUACAAUUGGUCCAUGUCUUUGCCUUGCGACAUUGUGCUAAAGAAGGCUGUGGACAGCCUCCUGUGUUCCAUGUGUCACAUUCAUCCGAGCUACUUCUCCUUGCUCAUGUCCUGGAUGGGCAUCGUCUCAAUGCCCAACGCCACUCAGUCUCAAGCCCAACAGCGCCGACUGGCCAUGACGGAUGAUGGCAAAAAGCAGCACAAUGCAAACGCUGCCGCCGCCGCGGCCGCCGCCGCCGCCACCGCGGGACUUACGGACGACUCAAAGCACGCGAGACCUCCAGUCUCCAGUUUAUCAGAGUCCCAGCUAACCACGCUGGCGGCCGCCUCGCAGUCCCCGGGAGCGAUCGAGCAGCUCCUUGACUCGGGAUUGCCUUCGCUACUUGUCCGCAGCCUCGCCCAGUUUUGUGCGUGUCUACUGGCCAAUGCUGACCUGCCCCUGCCGGCAGCUCUGGCUGACAGGCGGCACUACCAAUACCAGUCGUGCUCCACUUCGGCGCAUCGUCCACCGCUCGCCGCAGAGCUGGCUGCUCCGGUUCUGCGCUUUCUCACCGAAGUUGGCAACAGCCACGCCAUGAAGGACUGGUUAGGUGGCCCGGAGGUCAACCCUCUGUGGACAGCACUGCUCUUCCUCUUGUGCCACUCCAGUGCAAGUGCCAACACAAGUUGUCAGGCCUCUCCCGGAGGGCCAUCCCAGCCGUACGUCCUAGGUUCCCGUUUUUCCCUGUCGUCUUGUGGUCAGUCGGGAGGGCUCACCACCCAGCAGAGAACCGCUUUGGAGAAUGCCACAGUGGCCUUCUUCUUGCAGUGCAUCUCGUGCCACCCUAACAACCAGCGGCUCAUGGCACAGGUUCUUUGUGAGCUCUUCCAAUCAGCACCACAGCGAGGUAAUGUGCCUCUCUCUGGAAGCAUCUCUGGCUUCAUACGAAGGCUCUUCCUGCAACUCAUGUUGGAGGAUGAGAAAGCCACCGUUUUCCUCCAGUCUCCCUGCCCGUUAUACAAAGGACGCAUCAACGCUACCAGCCACAUGAUCCAACAUCCGAUGUACGGAGCAGGCCACAAGUACCGCACCCUCCAUUUACCAAUCUCCACCACUCUUGCUGAAGUCUUGGACCGGGUGUCUGACACACCCAGUAUUACAGCCAAGCUGAUUAGUGAACAGAAGGAGGACAAGGAGAAGAAGAAUCAUGAGGAGAAGGAGAAAAUGAAAGCGGACAGUGGCUUCCAGGACAACUACAGUGUGGUUGUGGCUUCAGGUUUGAAGUCCCAGUCCAAGCGGGCUCUGUCAACACCUCCUAGGCCUCCGUCAAGAAGGGGCCGGGUGAUGAGUGACAAGUUGACCCCUUCGUCGGCUGUGGACCCUUCUGCCAAAACCAUCAGCGUGCCUGUCUUCCACCUCUACCACAAGCUGCUUCCAGGUCAGCCCCUGCCACCGGAGAUGACCCUGGCCCAACUACUGACCCUACUGUAUGAGCGCAAGAUGCCACAGGGCUACCAGUCCAUCAACCUCACAGUCAGACUGGGCUCCAAGAUCAUUUCUGACCCUGCCCUAUCCAAGACGGACUCCUUCAAACGCUUGUGCACGGAAAAAGUGGAUCACCUGGACAUGCUGAACAGCUGCCCCGAAGAUGAACCGAUGACGCCGGGCGAGGAUGGUCUCGAUCCCACCGCCGCCGCCGCCACCGCCGAUGAGUCCUUACUUGAAACGCACCCGAUCCAGUCGCCGUUGCAAGUCUUUGCUGGAAUGGGAGGCCUGGCUCUCAUCGCGGAGAGGCUGCCCAUGCUCUAUCCAGAUGUCAUUCAGCAGGUCAGCGCCCCAGUCGUGCCUUCUGCAACACAGGAGAAAGCAAAAGAUACAGAUCAGUUUGAGUGGGUCACCAUCGAGCAAUCGGGAGAGCUUGUUUACGAGGCGCCCGAGUCCAUCGCAACAGAGCCGCCGCCGCCGCCGCCCAUAAACAAGCAGCCGUCCCAGUCGGCGUCUUCGUCGCCAGUGCAAACCAUGUCGCCCAUCCCUGCCCACUCCUUGGCAGCGUUUGGCCUCUUUCUGCGCCUGCCGGGCUACGCAGAAGUCUUGCUGAAGGAGAGAAAGCAUGCCCAGUGCCUGCUGCGCCUGGUGCUCGGGGUCACAGAUGAUGGAGAGGGCAGUCAUAUCCUGCAAUCGCCGUCAGCAGACGUGUUGCCCACGUUGCCCUUUCAUGUCCUGCGCGCAUUGUUCAGAAGCACUCCUCUUACUACUGACGACGGCGUGCUGCUCCGUCGUAUGGCUUUGGAGAUAGGCGCCGUUCACCUGAUCUUGGCCUGUCUAUCGGCUCUCAGCCACCACGCCCCCCGGAACCCCAACGCCAGUAGCAACGUCUCUGAGCCACAGAUGUCAAGUUGCCACGGUGGGGGGGGGACCAGUGAGGAGCAGCAGCUGUACUGGGCCAAAGGAACGGGUUUUGGCACUGGAUCCACAGCCUCGGGAUGGGAUGUUGAGCAGGCUCUCGCAAAACAGCGUCUUGAGGAGGAGCACGUCACUUGUCUUCUCCAGGUCUUGGCAAGCUACAUUAAUGCUGCAGGUUCGAGCAGCUUCCGCAGUCCUGAUGCACCUUCGGCACAGAGCAGAACCCACAACAGCUCAGCACUUCCAGUCGUGCUGCAGGAGCUGCUCAGUCAGUCCUGUCUCAUCCCUGCCAUGUCCUCCUACCUACGGAACGACUCGGUUCUAGAUAUGGCCCGCCACGUGCCCCUGUAUCGAGCAUUACUGGAGCUGCUCCGGGCCAUCUCGACGUGCACGUCCCUCGUCCCUCUGCUGCUCCCUCUGUCUGGUGACCGAGGGCAGGAUGAGGAAGAGGAGGAUGAAGAACACUCGGAGGGACAGACUUCCGUUGGAAUGCUGCUGGCCAAAAUGAAGACAUGCGUGGACACGUACACAAAUCGACUCAGGUCAAAGAAAGAUAAAAGCAAAGGUACGGUGAAGCCAGAUAGCUCCGAUCCAGAGCCCGAGGGCCUGACUCUUCUUGUACCCGACAUCCAGAGGACAGCUGAGAUAGUCUACGCUGCCACGACGAGCCUCCGGCAAGCCAACCAAGAGAGGAAAUUGGUUGAGUCGUCAAGAAAAGUAUCAAGUCGACCCAAGCCCCUUUCUAUCCUGCGUUCUCUUGAAGAGAAAUAUGUCGCUGCCAUGAAGAAGCUGCAGUUUGACACGUUUGAAAUGGUGUCAGAGGACGGGAAGCUGAUGUUCAAGGUCAACUACCAUUACAUGUCUCAGGUGAAGAAUGCCAGCGACACAAACAGCGCCGCCAGAUCGCGCCGGCUUGCCCAGGAGGCGGUCACCCUUUCCACCUCCCUGCCUCUGUCGUCCUCAUCAAGUGUCUUUGUUCGUUGCGAUGAGGAGAGACUGGACAUCAUGAAGGUUCUCAUCACAGGCCCGGCAGACACCCCGUAUGCCAAUGGCUGCUUUGAGUUUGAUGUGUAUUUUCCCCAAGAUUAUCCCAAUUCACCUCCUUUGGUGAACCUGGAGACAACCGGUGGACACAGUGUGCGCUUUAACCCUAAUCUCUACAAUGACGGCAAGGUAUGUUUAAGUAUCCUCAACACAUGGCAUGGGAGACCAGAGGAGAAAUGGAACCCACAGACCUCAAGCUUUUUACAGGUGCUAGUGUCAGUGCAGUCCCUCAUCCUGGUGGCUGAGCCCUACUUCAACGAACCAGGGUACGAGCGCUCCCGCGGGACUCUUAGCGGCACCCAAAGCUCUCGGGAAUACGAUGGCAACAUCCGUCAGGCCACCGUGAAAUGGGCCAUGCUGGAACAGAUGCGCAACCCAUCGCCAUGCUUCAAAGAGGUGAUCCACAAACAUUUUUACCUGAAGCGGACAGAGAUCAUGUCUCAGUGCGAGGGAUGGAUCGCUGACAUUCAGCAGUACAGCAGUGACAAGAGGGUCGGGCGUACAAUGUCCCAUCAUGCUGCAGCGCUAAAGCGACACACGGCUCAGCUCCGAGAGGAACUGCUCAAGUUGCACUGCCCCGAGGGUCUGGAAGCGGACGGCGGCGGCGGCAACGACGAGUUCUCGGAGAAGAGCGCCACCCUGAUCCUCAGAGAGCUGCCCGCUCAGGAUUCCGAGAAGCCCGGCGGCAGUCAGGACGACGAGGACGGCGGCGCCUCGGAGCAGAUGGCUACUUUAAAAAAAAAAAAAAAGACUUGAGGCUUUGGAGCACAAGCCGCCGCCACUUUGUCCAUAUUUGUAUGUAAAGAUCUAAUAGUAUAAUAGUGGGAGGGACGUGUGGGGAUCCACAACGCCAUGAGACCAACUCUGAACUAUGCUAUGCCCAUCAUAAAAACGGUCAACAAAGACUUUUAUUUACCUUGAAAAAGCGUGUAAACAUUUUGUGCUCCACCCCCCCCCCCCCCCCCUACCCUGUUGUGAAAUAACCACUGAUUGGUAUGUUAUUAAACUUGUUUAUAAAUACAUGGCAGAGGAAAAUUAUAUAAGGGAAACUACCUUUAGAAAUGAAUGUUUACUAAAUUUUAAUUAACCCCCCCCCCAUCUUUUGGAGUGACAGCAAAUGUUAUUGAACGUAUAGCGGCCGUUCUCAAAGGACAAUAUUUCCGUAAAAGCAGCAGAAAGGAAACACUAUAGAAGGAAAGUAAAAAAAAAAAAAAAGGAAUUGCAAAGCCCCUUUGGUAACACGUCGCUUCAUUUGAUAUCUCUGGGAUCAUAUCCACUUUAAUAAAAGCUUCAAUGUUAUGUUCUCCCUCUUGCGAACGCUGGAUCAACAUUUUGGAUCAUGAGAGCGAGCGACCGACCGACCGACCGACCGUGUGUCAUUUGAAGGCUUGUGCAUGUUGUAUGUGUGUGUCUUGUGCGUACGCGUGCGAGUGUGUGUGCAACAAUCCCGGUGAGCUACAAAGCUGUGAUGUGCCUUUGAGUGACACCCAAAAUAGCAGCCCCAAAACCUCCAGUCAGUCCACAGUGUACCUUUAGUGACUUUCUUUUGCUGUUUCUACACAUACACUGAUGAUUUUUGCGCCAUCUGACAUCUAGAAUUGCUUGGGACUUUUUUUUUAAUGUUGACACUCCAGUGAAGAAAAAAUGCACUUUCUAUUUGAAUCACUCCCUGGAACAGGCCGCCGCUUAAUCCUUUUGCUAGGACAUUAAAAUGAUGCUUGAAA